CGUUUGCUGGUUGGACGACCUAAGACCAUGAAGUACGAGGAUUGGGACGAUAAAGACGACCCACUACGGCUCCCCACUUGGGCUUACAAGUGGGAUGUGUUAAAUGAGACGACGGAUGAUCCCUCUGUAAUGUACAAGUUGUACAAGAGCGAGCUGGACGCGAUCACGCCUGAGCAGGUGGAAUGGGAGCCGUAUGGAAAAGGAGAGAGUUUUGGUAACCCUAUAGAGUUCAGGCUUAAUCUGAUGUGCAUUAGGGAUAGGGAUCUUUGGCAUAUGCGGUGCCCACUGAUAUGCAACUGGGCGGUUGAGCUUCACCUGCCACAUCGGGUGUUCCGCCAGUUUGGUUUGUUCCAGCCACACCCGCCGGAGUGGGAGGACACGGACAAGUUGCUACACGCGUUGGAUAGGAAAAAGCAGCGGAAGAUCAAGGAUUGGGCCAGCCAUCACAGGAAGUAUGUCGUGCAGUUCGCUCUUAGUGUGGAGCAAGCAAGGGCUGGAAAACGAGCCCAGCUUCGUGAGCACUGCCCGAUCGCGUUCAACAACUAUCUCGCAUGGUUUCUUGCAAGUACCCGUGGAGGUAUGCCAGCUGGCGUAUGCUGA